AUGAUCAAGGUCAUCCAGGACGCGCAGAAGGCCUUCGUCGUGACGAACCCGGAGCUGCCGGACAACCCCAUCGUCUGGACGUCCGAGGCCUUCCUGCAGAUGACGGGCUACGACCGCGACGACGUCAUCGGCCGCAACUGCCGCUUCCUCCAGGGCCCGCGGACGGACCCGCGGCAGGUGUCGGUGAUUCGCGACGCCGUCUACAAGGAGCACGAGGCGUCCGUGACGAUCCUCAACUACCGCAAGGACGGCACCACCUUCUGGAACCGCUUCUUCGUCGCGCCGUUGCGCGACGCCGAGGGCAAGGUCACCUUCUUCGUCGGCGUGCAGACGGACGUGUCCGCGGCGUUCGCGCGGCCGGGCACCUCCGACGUCGACACGCCCAAGCCGUCGCCGGCGACGCUCCCGCGGUCGCUGGGCAGCGGGGCCUAG